CUUAAAUAGCCUGCCUGGAUUAACCACGUCUUCCAGUUCAACAUUAAACAUUUAGUGAACAUUUUCGUCUACUAAAACUUUUUUCUUAGUCGAGCGGAAGAUAAAAUUCAGGAAUAAUGAAGACGAUUCUCUUGCUCGCAGUGAUUGUAAGCACGAUGGCGUUAGAUCUGCCCAGCAAUUUCAAGACUUGUCAGUCUUCGGACCCGAAAGUAUUAGAAUGCAUUGCGGAAGCUGCCAGAGAUGCGGUUGUGUCGAUGGCUGGAGGUUUGAAGGCCUUCAAAAUUCUGCCUCUUGAGCCGCUAGCGGUCGACAGCAUCAAAAUCGGUGAAUCCGAGGGUACGGUGUCUCUCCAGCAGGAAUAUCGGAAUGUCAAGUUAUACGGACUGACGAAGGGUUUGCAAGUUUACAAUUAUCAAAUAGACUGGGAUAAAUUAAUAUUUAAAUCGGAAUCUUUCAAUCCUCAAGUGGACUUUAUUGCCGAUUACAAACUCCAAGGCAAUAUUCUGCUAUUGCCAAUUCGAGGAGAGGGCAAAUGCAAUAUAACUAUGUAUGAUUUGAACGUGAAACACGAAACACAUUAUGAAAAGUUUGAAAAGAAUGGGGAUACUUAUAUGAGAGCGAAGAAAUACAUUGUCAACUUUUUACCCAAACACGUAAACUUACAUUUUGAUAAUCUCUUCAAUGGAGAUUCUGUUUUAGGUGAACAAACGCAAAAAUUCUUCAAUCAGAAUUCCGAUUUAAUUUUCAAGGAACUUGAAGCACCUUAUGAAGAAUCUUUCGGUUUGGUCUUCAAUAAAAUCACCAAUGAUAUUUUCACCCGUGUACCAAUGAACAAGAUUUUUAAAUAGAUAAAAAUAUCACCUUUUAGUUUUUAUUAAUAUGUAUUCGCUAUUAUUUCUCUUUAGUAAGACAUAAUUUUCUAAAGUAAUUAGAUACAAGUAUACUAACAUGUCAAGAAUUGUGUAUAUGUAUAUGUGCGAAAUUUAAUAUAAUGUUUAAAAUAAAUAAUUAGUGAAAUAUAUCAAUACUAUGUGUAGUUGCGAAAAAAUUGUGAAAAAAUGUGAAAUAUUACAUAAAUAUAGUAUAAUCUUUAA